CUAGUCUUAACCCGGAAAUGAUCGUGCCAGUGAAGCGCUGAACAGCUAUAAAGACGUCCAUGCAGUCUCCACAGAGACCUGUUUGUUUGUUUUAGAGCUUAAACAGAUAUUUAAUUAUACUCGAGGAUGCCUUAUGCCAACCAACCGACGGUGAAAAUCACAGAGCUGACGGACGAAAAUGUGAAGUUUGUAAUUGAGAACACGGACCUGGCGGUUGCCAACUCCAUCAGGCGAGUGUUUAUGUCCGAGGUUCCAACUAUCGCAAUCGACUGGGUUCAGAUCGACGCCAAUUCUUCAGUUCUCCACGAUGAAUUCAUUGCGCACAGAGUGGGGCUCAUACCACUGACCAGCGAUGAUAUCGUAGAUAAAAUGCAGUAUUCAAGGGACUGCACGUGUGAUGAUUUCUGUCCAGAGUGCUCAGUCGAACUCACACUAGACGUGAGAUGCACGGAAGAUCAGACACGUCACGUGACAUCACGCGAUCUGCUGUCUAAUAACCCUCGAGUGAUCCCUGUGACGUCCAGAAGUCGAGAUAACGAUCCCAACGACUACGUAGAGCAGGACGACAUCCUGCUGGUGAAGCUCCGAAAGGGCCAAGAGCUCCGCCUCCGAGCGUACGCCAAGAAGGGCUUCGGCAAGGAACACGCCAAGUGGAACCCGACGGCAGGGGUGGCCUUCGAGUACGACCCAGAUAAUGCUCUGAGACACACAGUGUACCCCCGUCCUGAGGAAUGGCCGAAGAGUGAGUAUUCAGAGCUCGAGGAGGAAGAAGUGCAAGCUCCAUACGACCCUAACGGCAAACCAGAGCGGUUUUACUAUAACGUUGAGUCGUGCGGUUCUCUCCGGCCCGAGACGAUCGUGAUGUCUGCCCUCGCCGUGCUCAAAAAGAAACUGAGUGACCUGCAGACGCAACUGAGCCACGAGAUCCAGAGUGACGUCCUCACCAUCAAUUAAGCAGGGUUAAGAGAGAGAGUGUUGUGGAGAGGUGAUGUACAGCAGGAAAUGGGUUUAUAUAUUUUGUACUUGUUGGAUGGGGGCGGUGGGGAGCUCUUACUCAUGAAUAAAUUGUCUUGAUAA